AUGGAAAAACGGUGUGCAGUGUUAUUUUGUAAUAAUGUUGAACCUAAUUUAUUUGUUUCUCCUAAAGAUCCUGAUGAACUGAAGGAAUGGAAAGAGAAUUUAAAUAUUCAUGAAGCUGAAUUUCAUGUCUGCAGUUUACAUUUUGAUGAGAGUUUUAUUGAAACUAAAAAAGUUUUGAGUGAAAAUGCGGUGCCAACAAAGAUUAUGAAUCAAAACAAAAAUAAUGAAAGAUGCUCUUGCUGUUGUCAAGCAGUGAAAAAUAUAAAUUUUCUAUUUCCAAUCAAUGUUCAAAUGAAAAAAAAUUUUCAAGCUUUAUUUAAUUUUGAAUUGUUCGAAUCCAAUCUUAUUUGUUAUGAAUGUAAGAAUUCUAUAGCAAAUUUUAUCAGCUUCAAAAAUAAGAUUUAUGAAUAUCGUCAUGAAUUUCUGGUUAAUAAAAACAUAAACUUAAAGAAAGAGGAAGAGUCAGACAUUGCUGAAGUUUUAAUUCCUCAAAACAUCCAGUUGGAUCCAUUUGCAAUCGACGAUCACUUGAAAGAAGAAACCGACAAUAAACAUGGACUUGAAAUCUCACAAAAUUUAUUUAAUAACGAACCAGAUAGAAUUACUGGAGAUGAAAUAUUCCUGGAUUGUGGAAUUUUAAUUCCAUCUGAUGACAGCACACAAAGUAAACCUGAAGUUCCAAAAUUAUUUAAGCAUAUUCGCCAACAUCUUCCUAAAUCAUCGAGAGCAAUAGGCUCAACUUGUCCCAUUUGCCAUAAGACGAUGAAAAAUAAUUCAAUUUAUAGUCACAUCCGGAUGGUGCACAACAAGGAACGAGAUCAAAUUUGUCAAGUUUGUGGAAAAGCAUUAAAGACAAGUUAUGACCUGAAAGUACAUUUGCGGAAGCAUUCAGGAGAACGUCCAGAAAUUUGUGAAACUUGUGGAAAAACUUUUAUUAGCUACGCUCAACUUUACAAACAUCGAAAAAUUCGCCACCUCGAACGAGAAAACUUUCAAUGUUUGAUUUGUUUAAAAAAUGUUUUAUCCAGAUUUAAACUCAAAUAUCACAUGAAACGAUUUCAUCCAAACGGGUUUGAUAAUGGAAUUCGUGUUAACAUUGAAACAAAUUUUUAUCAUUGUAAAAUUUGUUCUCUAAAGUUCGUUGCAAUGCAUAAAUAUGAGAAGCAUUUGAAACUUAAUGAUUGUCAUAAAUAUGAGAAAUUUAAUGAUGAUGACAAUGUUGAUUGUAGGAAUGAAACAAAAUACGAUUUCAGAUGUAAUGAAUGUGGGAGCAUUCUCAACACUCUUAAAGGUCUCAAAAAGCACAUCAGAUUUGUUCAUCCCAAAGAGCCACAAACUUGCACAAUCUGCUCGAAACAGUUAAAAAAUCCUCACACAUUAUGGCAACACAUGGCACUUAGUCAUAAGCAACCCGUCAAAAAGAGAAAAACUUAACUUUCUGAAUAAAAAUAAAUAAAAAACUUAAUUUUGAAUCAAAAUUUUAUUCCUGGUGAUAAAUUUUUAAAUAUU